AAAACAAACUAAACUCCUGCUGCUUAAUGACUUUGAGCUUGUUUGAGGGAAAGACGGAGGUUGUCGUGUGCCGGCCACUUUGUUCUUUCUCCGGAGACGUCCCAUCCUGAGCGCCACUCAGACCAACCCGGUGUAAGAAGCUUCAUCUCUCGCUGUCCUCUGGGAGGAUUCCUCUGAGUCCCGCUGCAGAGGAAACUCCUCCGGUCUGCAUGGAAAUAAGCCUUUUAGAUGUGUGUUUCCGACCCGCGGGUCACGUGGACGUCAUGCCUGUCCAUGUGCUGUCUGAGGGGGCGGGGCCAGGCGCCCAGGUACCAGCACACCUGACCAGGAUUCCCAUCUCACUCAUCAGCACCAGCACCGACUGCUCCAAGAAAACAGUGAAGGGGAAAGUGGUUCGUAAAGGUCGGCUGGUGUCGUUAGCAGAUGACAACUUCAUCCUGAAGACUGUCAUCCAAGAAGAAGAUUCCCAACCAGACGCGACGUCCAUCAAUGUCGUCCUGUUGGGGGCGCUGGCCAAGGACUUCAGUCAGGCCGUCAAUCAAGGGGAUGUGUUGGUGGCUGCUGGCUUCACUGUGGGUAAAUCUCCCACAGUUCAUAAGGACAAGUUGCAUCCCUUUAACCUGCUGCUGUCAGGAGACAGCGCCUGUGUUUAUGUGUCACGCCCACCACCUCCUCCCGACCCCAGGUCCCCGCUGGCCACCAAGAGGAGCUCCACGCUCCCUGCUGAGGUUUCCAGGGCGACCAAGGCUCCAAAAUACACGUAUGUCAAACUGGGCGACCUGAAGCCCGGAGCUGUGGUCAACGUGUACGGAGUGGUGGUCUUCUUCAAGCAGCCGUUCAAGAGCCGCGGCACAGACUUCUGCUCCACCCUGAAGAUUACAGAUCCGUCCAACCAGAAGAUCUGCUGCACCGUCUUCAGUGAGAAGCUGGACAACCAUCCCAAAAUCUUUCAGAUCGGAGACAUCAUCCGCAUGCACAGAGUCAAGACUCAGUUCUUCAAUGACUCCAUCACGCUGGUCAACACUUUCGGUUUCUCCGUGGUGACGUUUGACGGGGCGGUGGGUGGACCCGUGGAGCCGAGAGCCUCCAGCCGCUCCUUCUACUUCGACCAGGAGGACCAUCGAACUGUGGAGGAGCUGAGAUCUUGGGCCGCCAGUCAGGCUGUCCUCCCCUCGGCUCCCACAAUCCCUCUGUCUGCCGUUCAGCCCAAAGCUUACUUCGACCUGACCUGCCAGCUGCUGGCCAGAGCUGACAUCGACUGCACCUGCACCCUGCUGAGGGUGUGGGACGGGACCAGGUGUCCUCACAGUCUGCUGAAGGUGAUCGUUGAGCCGGGCGCCAUAGAGGGACCGUCCUCCUUCUCUGCGCAGAAAGAGAGCCUCAUCGCUAAUAUUCUCGUCUACGACAACCACGUGGAGUCGGCCAAGCAGCUGAAGCUCGGCGACUUCCUUCGGAUCUACAACCUUCGAGCGAUCCCAGGAUCCAGUAAGGUGCCCGGCCUCACCAGCAGCCAGUCAGAAGAGGUGAAUCACCUGGCUUUUCACCUGCACGGAGGGACGGCGUACGGCAGGGGGAUCCGGGUCCUUCCUGAAAACAGCCCCGACGUGCAGCAGCUGAAGAGAACCAUUGAGGGCUUCGCAGAGGAUGACGAGCUGAAUGAUGAGCUGAAUGAUGAGCUGAAUGACUCGGCGCUGCUGGAGAUUUGGAGCACACCACCGGAGUCUCUGACAGAUGCUGGAACAGCUGAGAGCAGCACAGAGAGGAGCUGCGGUCACGACGUGCAGCCGACGACGCUGUCCAGGCUGAAGAGAUCCGAUCCAGGUGGAGUUCACCAUGUCAGAGUCCAGCUCAGAUCCUACGAGCCGCAAAGACUCCACCAGGCGCUGAAACUCUACUGCAGCAAGUGUACAUCCAUGCAGGACGUCCCUGAUGAUGAACUGGUAGCGGGUCUCUUCUCGGAGGCGUCCGGGGACUCUGGACCCUGCACCCCCCCGGCCUGGGCGCUCUCCGGUCGGGUCAACAUCCCCGGAGGUUCCUCAGGAUCCUCGAAGCGAGCUCUGAGUGUUCACCUGUCCACACAGCUCAUGUCUGAGGGCAAAACCAAGGAGCUCAUCUUCCUCAUGGGUUCGACUCUGGCGGAAACGUGUCGACUGGCGUCCGGCUACCAGAACAUCGUCCCUGUGAGGUCAUCGGGAGGUCAGCUGACUCUGCUCGACCUGUCGGCGCCUUUCCUGUUCAGAGGCAGGAAGAGAUACUACGGGUGCCGUCGCUGCUCUCAGGCCGCUCUGAGGGAACCGUCUGCUGAAGGAGUCGAGCUGAUCGAUGAGAAGAUCGUUGCAGAAGCUCUCGGUGUUCAGCUGCUGAAGUUCUGCCUGCUGAUGAAGCUCGAGCUGCAGGACGCCACCGACACGCUGGAGGUCUUCCUGUGGAGAGACGCCGAGUUGUUCUUCAGUGUGUCGGCGGAGGACGCAGCAGCCAAUCAGGAGGCUCAGGACAGGAUUCGUCAAACAAUGGACUCCCUCUCUUCACCAGACGGCGGCACCGGUGAGCGUCCGUGGCUCGAUCUGUGUCUGUCAGCGUACCGAGCAGCGGACGACGAGGGACAGAACCGAACCUGCUACCAGAUCUGUCACACCGCCUUCACCAAACUCCAAACCUGAACCCGCCUGAACCACCUGCAGGUCAAAGAUCAAACCAGAGUCCUGCUGAAAAACUCCUGUUUCUGUUUGAUCAUUUUGUGUUUUCACAACUUUUGUGUUUUGUUUUGUUUUUUAUUGUAUUUAUUGUGCAGAAAUAAAUAAUGUAAAUAAAAAAGUUGCUGCAAAAAUGUAAGAA